AUGGCUACCUCGGAGCAAAUCUUGGGCCAAGAUCUGUCCAAAAGCUGCUGGUGUGGAAAAGAGGGUUUCGUCCUCGACAGACGUUGGGGAGUUUCAACCUUUAUGAAGGUGUUCUCCACAUUACCCCCCCCUUUUUCGAGGCUUCUUCUUGUUUGCUAGGCAAGAGAAGUCUUCUUGGGGUAACCGGAACCCGACCGGCUGGCGGCGAGUAGAACCACCUCUUUUCCAACAAUCUUCUGUGCGUGUGUGCGGGUGCACCACUUCCGCCACGCAUUGCCAGAAGUUUCGAGUUCGAUAGACAGUGCAUCGUUUCUUGGCCCACCCACCGUUUUCCUUUUUCCGUACUCCGGAAGAAAAUUAGGUGAGCAGCGGGUUUUGAACCCGUGUCUUUUGCAACCAAAAGCAGACACCUGACAUCUCAUCGUCGACGCCAUUGUGGAAAAGAGGGUUUCGUCCUCGACAGACGUUGGGGAGUUUCAACCUUUAUGAAGGUGUU